AUGGAGGAAGAACAGGGAAGAGGUAAAGAAUGGAAUGUGCAGAGUUGUUCUACAGAGCUAACGCUAAUAGGAAAGAAGAGAAAGUAUCUAUUGUUUAUUCAUUUGCCAAAAGAUAUCCAGUUACAGAAGGUUUCUUCUAUUUAUACAUCCGUCACUCCUUUACACGUCGUCAUCCAACUAGCUCGGGUUGUUACACUCUGUCUCUCCAAUUAUGAGGCCAACAUCCUCCUCCGUCACUCCAAUUGGGACGCCUACAAGCUUCAGUACUCAUGGUUCACCAACGAACCCGAGCUCCGCCACAGAGAUGGCCUCUCCGCCCCUGGUAACCCUACCACCACCGUCGCCGCCGAUCAAUCAUUUUCGUCUUAA